AUGACACUGCACAAACACGCGCGCAAGCUCGACGCGACCCUCCGCCGGUCGCUGUCGACGCCGGCGCGCGUCACCGUCGGCCUGCGGCGCGAAGACCCGUCGCGCGUCUGGGAGCGCCGCUGCCCGCUCACGCCCGCCGCCGUGCGCGAGCUCGUGCACGAGCACGGUGCGCGCGUGCUCGUCCAGCCCUGCGAGCGGCGCGUGUUCGACGCGCAGGAGUUCGUCGAGGCGGGCGCGGAGAUACACCCGACGCUGGCGCCGGCGCACGUCGUGCUCGGGAUCAAGGAGCCCCCGCUGCACGAGCUCCGCACGGACCCCGUCCCGUCCCCGUCCCCGUCUUCGUCCCCGUCUCAGCUCGUGCCCCGCACGCAGCUCAUGUUCUCCCACACGACCAAAGGCCAGCCGUACAACAUGCCGCUGCUCUCCCGGUUCCUCGCGGGACACCCCGGCACCCCCGACCACGAUCCAAGGCUGCUCGCGCGUCUGGUCGACUACGAGCUCCUCACGGACGCGGAGGGGAAACGCACCGUCGGAUUCGGGUGGUUCGCAGGAGUGGCCGGCGCGCUCGAAUCGCUCUCCGCGCUCGCCCAGGCGCACCUCCAUCUCGGCGUCGCGAGCCCCUUCCUCUACACCCCCCGCCCGCACACGCAACCCGACAUCCCGGCUCUCCGCGCCUCGCUCCGCGCGAUCGGCGCGCGCAUCGCGGCGCGCGGCACGCCGCCGAGCAUGGGCCCGUUCGUCGUCUGCGUCACCGGGAACGGCCAGGUCGCGCAAGGCUGCCUCUCCAUCCUCUCCGAGCUCCCCAUCGAACGCGUCCCCGCCUCGCGUCUCCCCGCGCUCAUCUACCUCGUCCACGCGCAACCGGCGGACUACCUCUCCAGCUCCGUCUCCAGCUCCGUCUCCGUCUCCAGCUCCGUCCCUAGCUCGGGGUCCGGGUCCUAUUCCCGCGCCGCGUACUACGCCGACCCGUCCGCGUUCCGGUCCGACUUCCACGCCCGCAUCGCGCCCUACGCCACGCUGCUCCUGAACGGCGUCGGAUGGGCGCCCGGCAGCCCGCGGCUGAUGAGCACCGCGCAGCUCGUCGACGCGCUGCGCCGCGCUGGAGCGCUCGGGCAGCCGGGCAGGCUGGGCGUCGUGGGCGACAUCAGCUGCGAUAUCGAGGGCGGCUUGGAGUUUCUGACGCGGCCGUCGACGCUGUCCGCGCCGUUUUAUACGCUGGCGCACCCCGCGGUGCCGGCGGGAUUGCCGCCGGUGACGAUGAUGGCGGUCGAUAUCCUGCCCGCCGCACUGCCGCUCGACGCGUCGGCACACUUUUCGGGCGUGCUCAUGCCGUACUUGCGCGCCGUCGUGCGGGGGUAUCGCGGCGAGGGAGGGCUGGGGGAGGAGGAGGCGGAGAGGGAGGAGGCGUUGGAAAGGGCGACGGUGGCGAGGGGGGGAGGGUUGGAGGAGAGGCAUCGGUGGCUUGGGGAGGGGGUGGGGGUGUGGAGGAGGAGCGUGGGUGGGAGCGGGGAUAGCGUGGGCGUGGGUGUGGGGGCGGAGAGGAAGAAGAGGGUGUUGAUGUUGGGGAGUGGGAUGGUUGCCGGACCGGCGGUGCACGAGCUGUGUACGGACCGCCGCGUGGAGCUCGUUGUCGCGAGCAACGUUGCGGCGGAGGUCGAGCGGUUGACGAAGCGACACGAGAACGCGAAGGGGAUCGUCGUCGACAUGAAUGACAGAGAGCGCAUCGGGAGGCUCGUUGCGGAAGCGGACGUCGUCGUCAGCUUGCUUCCGGUCCCGUUCCACCCGUCCGUCGCCCAGCUCUGCAUCGAACACCGAACGCACCUCGUCACCGCCUCAUAUAUAUCGCCCCAGAUGCGCGACCUUCACGAACAGGCCGCGGCUGCGGACGUGUUGCUCCUGAACGAGAUCGGGCUCGACCCCGGAAUCGACCACUGCUCCGCCAUCAAGCUCUGCAACGAGAUACGAGCGCGGGGGCAGCGCGUGACGUCCUUCGUCUCCUUCUGCGGCGGUCUGCCGGCGCCCGAGAACGCGGACGUGCCGCUCGGGUACAAGUUCAGCUGGAGCCCGCGCGGCGUGCUCGCGGCGGCGCUCAACGGCGCGUCGUUCAAGCUCGACGGGCAUAUGCGCGAGGUCCCGGAGAGGGAGGUGCUGAAGCGCCACUUUGCGGACGUGCCGGUGUCGAACACGUUAAGGCUCGAGGGGAUCGCGAAUAGGAACAGUCUCAACUACGUCGACGAAUAUCCUGUCGGUACCCUUGACAAUCUACGGACGCUGCUUCGCGGCACUCUGAGAUAUCCUGGGUACUGCGACCUCCUACAGUCCUUUAAAGACAUCGGCCUCCUCGACACCGAGAAGACGCUCGUCCUCGACCACUGGAGCUCGCUCGCGCGGCAAGCCCUCCAGACGAAGCUGGCGCACACCAUUCGGGAGAACGACCCGGCCUCGCUGAUCUCUGCCAUCGGUGACGCCGUCGACGCGCGCCACACGGAACCGCUGCUCGACGCGCUGGACUGGCUGUCCAUGGCGCCCGGGCUGAGGACGCCCCCGUCCUCGGCGGCGGACGAGGCGAACGAGCUCCCGCCGCUCCCCCGCUCGCCCCGCGCGCCGAUCGACCUCCUCGCGACGCUCCUCGCGCACAAGCUCCGGCUCGAGCCGACGGAGCGCGACGUUGUCGUCCUCGCGCACGAGGUGGGCGCCCGGUCCGGGUUCGGUGCCGGCGAGGGCCCGCUGGACCGCGCGGGCGAGGACGUGUACGCGUCGUCGUUGACGGUGUACGGCACGCCCGGGGAGUCGGCGAUGUCGCGGUGCGUGGGAUUGCCGGUCGCGUUCGCGGCGCUGGAGGUGGUGAACGGGGCCGUGGGGCUGAGGGGGGUGCACGGGCCGACGGAUCCGGCGGUGUAUAACGCGGUGCUGGAGGGGUUGGAGAAGGUCGGGUUGGGGAUGAAGGAGACCGUUCGGAAAGAGGCCGGGUCGAGCGUGGAGAGGACGCUGGCGUCGGAAUUUGCGUGA